AUAGCGAACGAGGCAUAUCGCAUCGAAUACUUACACAUAGUUAAUACAGUGCGCGCGACAUAAGAGUCGGCUGCUUUUUGUUGUGGUCGGGCGCGGUGCUCUACAAUACGCGACAAGUCAACCUCGGCCAAAUAUAGCUAGAUAAUAGUCGAAUCGCGACGUCUCGUCGAGACCAUCGACGACAAGAGCACAUAUUUCGUCGUUGUCGUCGUUCGGCUGCAAACUCCGUUUUCUGCAGCUGCUUGCCUAUCGCUGAAUAAUCGCGCCAUCGAGCUCAGACUCUCAGUGCAUCGAGUGCCUUUUUAUCAGUUCAGCGCGCAGACUCUGUCUGCAGACUGCACCUUUUAUAUAUAAUCUGUACUGUAUUAUACCUCCAGUUUGUGAUAGAGGCGUAGUAAACGUUACAGAGUCCAACAACCCUUUGAAAUUACCGACAACGAGCUAAAAACAUUCAAAGUUAAUCAGAUUAUCGUAGCGUCGUAGCUGUUUUAAUUGUGCCAAAGUUACUAUAAGAAAACUAAACUAGACUCGACCUAUAAAGAUACUCGACUAAUAUGCCACCAAGCAGAUUGGAUGCUGUUUAUCGGAGCAUACUGCUCACUAAGUUUUUCACCAAAGGAUGGGGAGAACCAGAAAAUUUGAGGAGAAUAUUCCAGUUCCGGAAGGUAGUAGCAAAUCGCGAAGCAUGCUACAGUCUUAUACCAAAAAAUUAUCCUGUUAAUAUAACCAAAGAUGAAGAAUGGUCAGAUUGUCAUAUUGUAGAAGGGCAAUUUGAAUCUCCUUUUGAAAAAAAUCUACCUGGUAUUAUGCCUGAAGAAACCAAAACUGCUUACUUUCAAAUGGUACUACCUAAACGUUGGGAGUCACAAAAAAUCAAACCUAUCUGCUUGCAUCUAGCUGGUACAGGUGACCAUUACUUUUGGCGGAGAAGAACUUUGGUUGCCAAACCAUUGCUUAAAGAAACAGGAAUUGCAUCUAUUUUACUUGAAAAUCCAUUUUAUGGUCUCCGAAAGCCAAAAGACCAAGUGCGGUCUAGUUUACACAAUGUAUCAGAUAUUUUUAUCAUGGGAGGAUGUCUUAUUAUGGAGUCAAUAGUCAUAUUGAAUUGGCUUGAGCAGCAUGGAUAUGGUCCUCUAGGUCUAACAGGACUUUCAAUGGGAGGACAUAUGGCAUCACUGGCAGCCACUAAUUGGCCAAAACCAAUACCCUUAGUUCCUUGCCUAUCAUGGUCUACAGCUUCUCCAGUAUUUACUCAAGGUGUCAUGAGUGCAUCUAUAAAUUGGGCUUUGCUAGAAUCACAGUUUUUUGAAAACGAAGCUUACCAAAAUGAUUUAGCAAAGAUGGUCAAAGUUGUUGACCAAGAUGAUGCAUUUUUAGCGGGACAGCAUUUUGCAAAACAUUUUCCUGCAAGUAUGAAAAGAUUAAAUAAAAUAAAAACCGAGUCAAAUUCAAAUGUUAAUAAUAAUAAUUCAAACGGGACAGUUGCAAUGCCAAACGGAACCUAUCUCACAAAUGGCAAUGGUAAUGGAAUAGAUACCCAGCAAUGCUCAGAAGAAAAAGAAGCUGCAAAACUUUUUCCAUUGAAUCUCAUUACGAACAAAUUCAAAAGUGCUCAAACUUCAGAUAUUUUGAAAGGGAUUUGUUUACUUCCCGUAUCGAAACACCCAUUAUUCACAGAUGAAAAGUGGCGAGAACGAGCAGCUCUGCAAUUCAUGCGUGGUAUCAUGGAUGAGUGCACCCACUUGCAGAAUUUCGAAAAACCUGUUGAUACGGAGCUCAUAAUUGCUGUUUGUGCCCGAGAUGACGCAUAUGUACCUAGAGAUGAUGUCGUUGGGCUAGAGAAAAUUUGGCCUGGUGCGGAAAUUCGUUUCCUUGAUGCUGGUCACGUCAGUGCUUAUCUUCUUUACCAAAAACUAUUUAGAUCUACGAUUGAUGAAGCUUUUCAAAGAUAUUUGAAAAAGUACCCGAUGAAUACUAGUUGACACAUCAAUGAAUGUUGAAAUUUUUAUUGCAGUUUAGUGUACAACUAUUAGUAAGAUAAUACUAUUUUUUGAUUCACUUGUGAUAGUCAAUGCUGAAUAUCUUUGACAAUAGUAGACAAUAUUGAUAAUUGUUGUUUACACUUUUUGUUGUAUUUCUGUACAAUACUGUACAAAUUUAAAGUUAUUUACUCUAAUUCGAAUGAGCUUUUUAUAAAUGUGAAUAUUACUUUAGUGUAAACUUUAUAUGAAGAUUUAUAUAUAGCCAUUUACAAAACCUUUCUCAAGUCACUUUUAUUGAGAUUGAAAAAAACUGUAAUUUUUCAUUUGAGUACAAAUGAAUGUGUUCAAAGUAUAUUACUUAUAUUUUAGCAAUCACUGUAAAGACUAUAACUUGAUUGUUAAAUAAGAAAUUGUAAAUACUGUAUAGCUGUGAAGUUGAAUGAAUUAUUAAAUUUUGUUUUUGUAAUCAUGAA